AUGUCGGAUGUGUCGAACUCCUUCUCAGCUCGGGAGACCCUGCCGGAGGACGAACCUCCGCUGUGCAUCGCAGUUCGAUGCCCAGAGUCACCUUCAGGCCACUAUGAGGCGGUAAACCGUUGUGGAAGCUGCACAUUUUACAUGCUUAAAUCUGUGGUUACUGCUGUGGGUCUUGAUGUGAAGUUCCCUAGGCGUUCCUCAGGGGCCAAUCUUGGGGUUAAACUCAUCAACAAUGACCUUGUAGAAGCAUCAAACGGAAAGUUCUUGGAUACAUCCUAUCGUUUAUUUAAUGAACAGAAAGUUCACAAGGCUAUGGUUGACUGCGUCACCAACGAAGUCUUCAGAUCGGCGCUCGGUCCAAAAACAUGCUCACCAGCUAGAAUGGCCAAAAGUAGACAAGUAGCCGUCUCUGCACCUUUCUUCAAUCAAGCCUCUCCAUCGCGAUGCAGCCAAAAUCUCUUACCUGGCGUUGUUGUUCAGCAUACAGUCCAGGUAACAGAACUCACCGACGAGUUUGAUCGACUGUCCAUCCACCCGGAUCCCCGUACGAGGUCUCGAAGAGAGCCACAUCUGUUUGCACUUAUCAAGGCGUAUACAUAG